GUUGGUAACACGUGGAUUUUAACGGGGAGAAGAAAAUCUCAAUCUGUUCUUUAUUUUCAUAAAACAAGGACUAUCCUUAGUUGAAUACGAAAAUGACGAAACCAAAAUUCAAGGGGAAAAGUUCUAUAAAUCCGUCAAAUUCCAGCAGCAAUCCUGAUCGAGUAAGGGGCGCCGGAGGGAACAACAUGAGGGACCGGGCCACUAUCAAGCGUUUGAAUAUGUACCGACAGAAACAGAGAUGUAACAGUCGGGGAAAGGUCAUCAAGCCAUUACAGUACCAGUCCACUGUUGCCCCUGGGACUGUGGCCAGAGUUGAGCCAAACAUUAAGUGGUUUGCCAACACUCGGGUUAUCAAGCAGUCAUCCCUGCAGAAGUUCCAGGAGGAGAUGGGUGCUGUGAAGACAGAUCCAUACAGAGUGGUAAUGCGACAGAGCAAGCUGCCCAUGUCCCUCCUGCACGACCGAAUUCAAACACACAACUCCAAAGUCCAUAUUCUGGACACAGAGGCAUUUGAGACCACAUUUGGGCCUAAAGCUCAAAGGAAGAGACCUAACCUGAGUGUGGGUGAGCUGAAAGAGCUAGCCGAGCAGGCUGAGGAUUCAGCACAGAACUACAAUGCGGAGAACGACCGUGAUUUGGUGACUGAAGAUAGUGGGGUGAGGGAAGAAACCCGUGAGGAGAUCUUCAAGAAAGGACAGUCAAAGAGAAUAUGGGGAGAACUCUAUAAGGUGAUCGACUCCUCAGAUGUUAUCAUCCAGGUGCUGGAUGCUCGGGAUCCCUUGGGCACCAGGGCCCAGAACAUUGAGACCUAUUUAAAGAAGGAGAAGCCCUGGAAGCAUCUUAUCUUUGUGCUCAACAAGUGUGACCUUGUUCCUACCUGGGUGACGAAACGCUGGGUUGCUGUGCUCUCUCAGGAAUACCCUGCACUGGCCUUUCAUGCCAGUCUCACCAACUCCUUUGGGAAGGGCUCUCUCAUACAGCUCCUUCGGCAGUUUGGAAAGCUCCACACGGACAAGAAGCAGAUCAGCGUGGGCUUCAUCGGCUACCCCAAUGUUGGAAAGAGCUCCGUCAUCAACACCCUGCGCGCCAAAAAAGUCUGCAGGGUGGCACCUCUUGCUGGUGAAACCAAGGUGUGGCAGUACAUCACAUUGAUGAGACGUAUUUUUCUAAUUGACUGCCCUGGUGUUGUCUACCCCUCUGAGGACAGUGAAACUGAUAUAGUAUUGAAGGGAGUGGUUCAGGUGGAGAAGAUUCGUAACCCAGAGGAUCACAUCGGAGCUGUGCUAGAGAGAGCUAAGGCUGAAUACAUACAGAAAACGUAUCAUGUCCCAUCCUGGAACUCUGCCGAGGACUUUCUGGAAAAGCUGGCCUUCCGCACGGGAAAACUACUCAAGGGAGGAGAACCUGAUUUGUCCACAGUCUCUAAAAUGGUCCUAAAUGACUGGCAGAGGGGGCGCAUUCCCUUUUUUGUGAAGCCACCUGGAUUUCAGACGGAUGAAGAGGGUAAGACACAGGUGCCAGUGGAAGUGUCUGGAAUGGAAACAGAGGAGCUAGCCAGUGAAGACGGGCCCGAGCAGCAGAGCAUUCAUGCAGCAGAGUCCACUGACCAGGAUUCUACACUACUGCAGAAGCAGAAACAAGAACCGGUGCAAAGGAUCCUUUAUGCCGUUCGGCAAAACUUUGGCAAAAUCAACGUUGCCCCCACGUUCAGCGAGGAGGAUCUUGUGCCAGUGGAAAUGCCUGAUCUCGACUUCCCUGAGUCCAUAGAGGAUGAAGAGAGGGGAAGUGAGGAGGAGGAGGAGGAGGAGGAGAGUGGAAAGCAAGAAGGAGAAAGUAGAAAUGAAUUGUCUGCAGAUGGUCAAUCUGACAAAGAGGCCAAAAGUGCACACGAGGUGAACAAAGAGUUGGACGAGAAGAUAACCAAAUUAAAGCAUUUCCUGGAUCGCGCCAAGUCUAAGCGCUUCUCUGCCAUCCGAAUUCCCAAGAGCCUUUCUGAAAUGGCUUUUGUUUCAAAGGAAACAAAAAUGGAACAGGCGGUCGUGAAGAAUUCACAACAAAAAGCUGUGAGGAAUGUCGGGAGAAAGAGAAAAACUCUGGAAGAUGAGGAGCCAGUGCGCCCGACCAAGCUCACAUCUAAAGAGAAAAGAAGAAGGGAGCGUGCCCAGAAAGUGAAGAAGAUUGGCAUGCGCUAUUAUGAUACACACAACGUGAAAAACAAAAAUAAAAACAAGAAAACAGCUACUGAAGGGCAUAAAGGGAAAAAAGCCAAGUGCUAAGAACAUUUGCUUAGUCUGUGGGCUGUAUAAGUUUCCAUGGACCCAUCUAGUUUGGGACAUUUGGGGGGUGUGGGUAUGUAUGUGUGUUUGAGUCAUAUGUGACUGAAUCUCUAAAUGACCUUUAUUCAGUGCACCAUCUUUCAGCAUAAAAAAUGGUUAUGGGUCAGUACAAUUUUUAGCCGUAAAACCCUAGUAAGUUACUUAAACUUACCUCUAAAGAAUAUUUUUGUUAAGCAAUACUACAACUGAGUGUUCUGAAGAAUAGGAGAAAACCUCAAUAAAGUAGACAGGAGUGAA